CACAAAUAUACUUGAAUUGAAUUGAAUUGACAGAAUUAUUCCAGACGGGUCUUGGUGCGUCAGUAGCUCCGCCCUCAUGCGUCAGUAACCCCGCCCUUAUGUGACAUAGCUCCGCCCCGACAGGCGGCGCGAACGGACGAACUCAGAGAAAAGCUCGAACCGCCGGCUCUCCGAGCAAAACUAACAUUAACACAAAGUAUUUAAUAAUGGAAAGAGCCAUUAAGCGGCCGCGAGAAGACGACUGUGCUGACCGGGAGAGGCAGGUUACCGAUGCGGACUACAGGCGCUGGGGCGUCGCGGAGACUGGCGCGUUUCUGCGCGGAGAGGGGCUCCAGCAGUGGGAGCAGACUUUCACAGAACAUGGCAUAACAGGGCCAGGGCUGCCAUACCUCACUGAAGCAUGUCUGGAGAAGAUGGGCAUUUUGCCUCUGGAGUCACGCCUGCAGAUCCUGCACUGCCUUCGGAAGCUCUGGCAGGUCUCAGAUGAGUCCAUGAAGGUGUUCAACGACCCCAUCCACGGCCACAUCGAGCUGCACCCACUGCUGCUGAGUUUCAUAGACACGCCUCAGUUCCAGAGGCUGCGCCAGAUCAAGCAGCUGGGAGGAGUCUACCUGGUGUUCCCCGGCGCGUCCCACAACCGCUUCGAGCACUCCAUCGGGGUGGGAUAUCUGGCCGGAUGUCUGGUCCAGGCUCUCAAUGAAAGACAGCCGGAGCUCCUCAUAACGAAGCAGGAUGUGCUGUGUGUGCAGAUUGCAGGCCUGUGCCAUGACUUGGGUCACGGCCCGUUUUCUCACAUGUUUGAUGGCAUGUUCAUCCCUAAAGUUCGACCUGGUGAGAAAUGGAAGCACGAGAUCGCCUCGGUUCAGAUGUUUGACCACAUGGUGAAGGUCAACGGUCUGGAGGAGGUCAUGGUGCGCCACGGGCUGACUCUUCCUGACGACCUGAAUUUCAUUAAGGAGCAGAUCACUGGGCCGCUGAAUAACUCAUCGUGGCCAUAUAAGGGCAGGCCGAUGGAGAAAUCGUUCCUGUAUGAGAUAGUAGCAAACAAAAGAAACGGUAUCGAUGUGGAUAAGUGGGACUACUUCGCUAGGGAUUGUUAUCACCUCGGCAUUCAGAACAACUUCGACUACCGGCGAUUCCUAAAGUUUGCGCGAGUGUGUGAAGUGAGAGGAAAGAAACACAUCUGCACCAGAGACAAGGAAGUUGGCAAUCUCUAUGACUUGUUCUACACUCGUAACUGCCUCCAUCGCCGGGCGUAUCAGCACAAAGUGGGCAACAUCAUCGAGACCAUGAUAACGGAGGCUUUUGUAAAGGCUGAUCCUCAUAUUCAGAUCCAGGGCUCUUCUGGGAGGAUCUUCACCAUCUCUUCAGCUAUAGAUGACAUGGAGGCCUACACCAAACUCACAGAUCACAUAUUUGAGCAGAUUCUGUACUCGUCUGCGCCGGAGCUGUCUGAGGCACGAGCCAUCCUACACAACAUCGUCUGCAGACGGCUGUACAAGUGUGUGGGUCAGACCACGACAGAGACGCACGUGGACUCCUCACCGGAGAAGCUACUGGACUGGGCAAAGGAAGUCGCCUGUUCAAAACCCAGUGGCACAGACGCCAACCUGAUAGCCGAGGACUUUGUAGUUAGUGUCAUUCACAUGGAUUAUGGAAUGAAGGAGAAAAACCCCAUCAACAGUGUCUACUUUUACUGCAAGAAAGAUCCCACCAUAGCCAUCAAGAUCCGCAAAAAUCAGGUGUCCAAACUCCUGCCGGAGUGCUUUGCGGAGCAGCUGAUCAGGGUUUACUGUAAGAAGAUGGAUGACAAGAGCCUAGAAGCUGCUAAGAAGUACUUUGUCCAGUGGUGCAUGGACAGGAACUUCACCAAACCCCAGGAUGGAGACGUCAUCGCCCCAGAGCUCACCCCACUCAAACAGGACUGGCACACACUGGACGAGGACAGUGAGCUAGAUGACAACGCUGAAGACAAUCGUCCCGGAGCGAGAGAGGCAACACCCAGAAAGACUGGGCAUAAUGUGAAAGUCGACCUCUUUCAAGCUCAGGAGGAACGCAGACUCUGAAGCUCUCGGGGAUCACACACCGCUGAUCAGCCCUGCGCUUCUCUCUGUGACCAGAUGCUCAUUCUAUCACAGAGUGUUUCUGAGCUUCAUUUAAACUGUUUGCCUCUGUUUGCUUUUAUUUUCAGCUUUAAUAUCAUGUUCACAGCCAGGGUUUUAAUGCAACUCGCACCUCUGACAGAGACACUUUAUUAUACACCAAUCCAGAAUGAAUGUCUCUCUCCUUCAUCCAUCAUGUUUCGAUGCAGAGGGAAAAGUUCAAUGCGUUUUGGCAUUCUUUUUUUUAUUUUUUAUUUAAAACUUUUUAUCAGGGACUCGCUGUUACUUCUUUCCUUCUGUUAAUCAGCCCUCCACUCACUUGCAGUGUGGAGAAGCUCAUGUUAUAAUGGGUCUCCAAGGUGAUGGCAUUUUAUAUAUCUAUAUUUGAGCACUAUAUAACUAUAUUUCUUUAGACUUCAGCCUCUUUGUAUAACAGUAAUGGGUGAUGGUGGCCUGAUUUUCUUGGAUCUUUCUGUGAACAGAAUCUGCCUGACUGUGUUAAGUUCUGCUAUAUUUCAGUCUGUACUGAAGUAUUAAGUCACCACACAAUAACAUCAAGGCUGUUGUUCAGAAAAAUGUUCCCUUGAGGGACAUGUUGCACAUGUCAUGCUUGUAGAUGUGCUGAAAUAAUGCAAACUCAAUCAUCAUCUCAAAAUC